AUUGUUUAUUUGCGAAUGAUAUGUAGCGGAUCACCCCCAACAGUCAUUCUGUAUAGUCAACUUAGAACUACUUUCUGCACCAGAAGUUCCUAUGGUUAUACAUCGGGAUCGAUAUUCACCGGAGGUGUGUCGUUGACGGUCAAGGUUACUCUUUCGAAACACAACAUUACGAUUACAAUGUCGCUGAAAUCUACUUCGCCGUUAUUUAAGACAAUCUUCAAUGGUAGUCCUCGGUAUAUAGCAUGCCGGACUCAGGGAACUAUUGCACAGACACAAAAGCUGACAGAGAAGAAAUCGUCUACAAAAACGACAGCAAAAUUUAACUGGCAAGAUGCUCUUAACUUGGAGAAUCAAUUAACAGAGGAAGAGAAGAUGGUACGGGAUUCUUUUCGAGAUUACUGUGAUGACAAGCUCAUGCCUCGAAUACUCAUGGCCAACAGACAUGAAAAUUUCCACCCUGAGAUUGUACCAGAGAUGGGAUCAAUUGGUGUAUUAGGGCCCACCAUUAAAGGCUACGGGUGUGCUGGGGUGUCGUCUGUGGCCUACGGUCUCAUUGCAAGAGAAGUCGAAAGGGUAGACAGCGGCUAUAGAUCUGCUAUGAGUGUGCAGUCUUCACUGGUCAUGCAUCCUAUCUACGCUUAUGGCACAGAAGAACAGAAACAAAAAUACCUGCCUAAAUUAGCUAAGGGAGAGCUGAUUGGAUGUUUCGGACUGACAGAGCCAAACCAUGGAAGUGAUCCGUCAUCAAUGGAGACGAGAGCUAAAUACAAUCCCUCCAGCAAAACCUUCACUCUUAAUGGGACAAAGUCAUGGAUUACUAACUCCCCCAUUGCUGAUGUGUUCAUUGUAUGGGCUAAAUGUGACAGAGACAAUAACAAAAUCCGUGGGUUUAUCCUGGAGAAAGGGAUGAAGGGACUGACUGCUCCAAAGAUAGAGGGCAAAUUCUCUCUCCGGGCAAGCAUCACCGGUCAGAUUGCCAUGGAUGAUGUAGAGGUUCCUGAGGAAAAUAUGAUGCCGAAUGUGAUUGGUUUAGGGGGUCCUUUCGGAUGUCUUAACAGUGCUAGGUACGGCAUUGCCUGGGGCACACUUGGUGCAGCCGAGUUCUGUCUGGAUGCCGCUCGACAAUACACAUUGGACAGGUUCCAGUUUGGAAAGCCCUUGGCCAAAAAUCAACUCCCGCAAAAGAAAAUGGCCGACAUGUUAACAGAAAUCUCAAUAGGCCUUCAAGCAUGUUUACAGGUCGGAAGACUGAAAGACGAAGGAAAAGCAACACCAGAAAUGAUUUCAAUGAUCAAAAGAAACUCCUGUGGGAAGGCUCUGGACAUAUCCCGUGCAGCUCGAGACAUGCUCGGAGGAAAUGGAAUAUCGGACGAGUACCACGUCAUCAGGCAUGUGAUGAAUCUGGAGGCGGUGAACACAUACGAAGGUACACAUGACAUCCAUGCCUUGAUUUUGGGACGAGCAAUCACCGGUCUUCAGGCUUUUACAGCAGAUUAGUGGACACGCGACUCAAGUGUGCAAUUCAUAACUUUAUGUCUGUGAUAUUUUGAAAUGGAUCGAUCAAAACAGUGAGGAAAGUUUUGAAGAAAUUGACAUUGUUUACACUCUGAAAUUGCUUUCAUCUAGAAAUCACAAGAUUGCUGAAAAUCAUGAAAUUUACUGAGUGUAUACCUGUUUAUAAUGUGCUAUUCUGAAAGUGUGCCCUACUGAGGUUUAAAUGCUUAUUUGGCCAUUUUGAUUUCCGGUACAAAAUCAGUUGUGUUGUCUUUGUAGAAAGGGUAUACAUAUGAACUCUUGUUACCCAAUCCACAUUCACUAAACAUUCUGUAGUGUUAAACCAGCCACAGCGGGGAUUUUUGGAGUGUUGGGUUUUUUUUGGGGGGGGGGGGGGUCUUCAUCUAGACUCCAGAACAUCAAACAACCAAACUGAACACAUAGUGAUAAUGAGGAAUUAAAGCAGCCUCCACCUAUUUGAAAUAUUUUAAUUGUUACUAACAUGUACAUUUAAAUUACAUUAAAACUUUGAAUUAAAGUACUUUUUAACAUGCGAUAGAGUAUUUUUUACAAGUGAUCUGGUGUUUAUUUUUAAUCUCAUAUAAACAUUGCAUAUGAAGGAUUUACCAGUAUUAUACAAACUCAUGAUUUUAGAUUUUCUGUCUAUAUUGUUUGUGAAAUAAACAUCAGUGUGUGUUGCAA